AUUGAUGAUAUUUUGAAACUAUUUAUUUUUGCAACAUGUUAAUGAUUGUAAAUAUGUUAUUUGGAUUUAAUCUGACUAAUAAACGGGGCCUUGGGAUAGGAGUUUGGAAUAUUUUAUUACCCUGUAUUUCAAACUGAAAGCCAGAGCAACCAAAAAAAUCUCGCAUGUGCCAAAGAUUCUUUUUUGUAUAAAUUUGGUUUUCUCAAAGUUCGGAGCUUGAGUGUUUCAAGUUCUUCAACCUAGGGCCGCGGUAAACUAUUCCCAAACCUACUAUUCCCGCGGCAUAAAUUUCCUUCUCCUGCAUCAUUUAGUAUUCAUUAUUUACACAUAACAUACUGUACUUUGUUUGUUUCAGCUAAUGGUAAAGUCUUGUCCUGAAUGCUCUCACACUCUACUCAUAUCUGUGAUGGACAGCUUAAACGUUGGUGCUUCGGAUGUUCACUCUGCUGAGAAUAUAAAACAAGAAGGAAAAGAAGCCAUUACGGUGUUUGAUUGUAAUUCAAAGAGCCUACAAUGCUUUGAUCCUCGGAAUAAUGCUUGGACAAAAAUGUGGAACACGCCUGGAUCAGGAGAUUAUUUUUCUGCUGUGGCUCUUGGUGACUACAUUUAUGUUCUCAUGGGAGAUCGAUCUGUUCAUCGACUGAAAUACUCAGAUCAUGAAGCUACUUGGGAGAGAAUGAAAGAUAUGAUGUAUAACCAUGGAGCUUGUCCUCCUGUUGCUGUUUUACCUGGAAACCUCUACAUUGUUGGUUCUUCCAAUUACUCAAAAUCAGUUGAAAUGUUCGAGCCAUCAAGCAACAAAUGGGAAAAAGUAAAAGACAAAAAUCUCAACAAUGCAAAUUCAACAGCACUGGGUGCUAGAGGUUGUAUAUACAGCAUUGGUGGCUAUGUAUCAGGCUGUUACACCAACCAAGUAGAAAGAUUUGACCCAACAUCAUCAACUUGGUCAUUUGUUGCAUCCAUGAAUGAAGCAAAGGGAUGGGUCGCAGCUGUUGAAAAUGAAGGAAAAAUAUAUGUUCUAGGUGGACAAACAAACGAUGACUUGACAACUGUUGAACGAUAUGAUAUUUCAACAAACGUGUGGUCUAUGGUAACUCCCAUGUUAACGAAGCGGAGCUGGUUCAAUGCUUUUGUGAUUGAUUCAAAUAUUUACGCAGUUGGAGGAAGGAACAGUUCACCAGGAAGCAUGGAGAAGUUUGAUUUCAAGAAGAAUCAAUGGGAGAUGAUUGACAUGAAGAACAAGAAGCUGAGGAUAAUCGAUGCAGUGAAGAUUAAUUUGAAGUGAUUUGAUUGUAGAUGACAGAGAACACAGUUCCUUGUGUUACCAAUAAAGGACAUGCUAGUAGUUUAUGUUUGUAUUCUUACUAUUAUGAAAUUGUAUGAUAGAUAUUUGACAUUUAAUAGGUGCUCGUGUUACCACUGAGUAAAUUUUUUAAACUUCUAUAAUGAUUUCUUGCAUUACUUACCGUAAAUAAUUUAUAUAGUUUUCUUAAAUGUAAUUACUCAAUGACAUUGCCUAAAAAACUUCAACUCACUGGACAUAGCUAUGUUUACUACUGAUGUGAAGAAAUUUUUUUAAAUGAUUUGUUUGUAUUAAAUACCCUAUAUUUGUUUGUAGCAUUUUUUAUGUGAAUUCCGAUUAUGACAGUGUGUAGUCGGACAGAAUCGAUGCCCAUAUAAAAUACGAUUGUUGGUUGAUGAACAUUUUCACUCCUGCUCUCAGUGACAGGAAAACAGAGUUUAUAAAUCUUACAUUGGCCUUACAUUAUAGUGGGAUUCUAUAUCCUUGUUAUGUGGAAUUUGUCACCAAUAUCAUAGGUCAUUGGAAGCGAGUGUUAUAUAUAGCCAGUGGCCAGUGAAAAUUAAAUUGAUUUAUUAAUUUCUAUUCAGUUUUUAAUGCCAUUCGAUAUUAUCUGGGUAUGAAAUAUUGUCGUGUGCAUUCUUCAAGCGGUUUCUUCAUCAAUUGAAUUCACUUAUCAUUUCUUAAUCAAAAUCCGUGAAUGGAUUGCAAUUCAUAAAUUGAAGUUUAUUUCUGCUUCCAAUAUAUUCGAUGAUGAUUAAUUUUUUUUCAUCUUUGCUGUAUAUUUUAUCGCAUAUAUGCAAUCAAUACUUUACUACCAUGCAUCUAACGCUGAAUUCAAUUCUUCAUUUUUUUUUAUCUGAUUUUAAAAUCCACUGCAUGAUCCGCCGGUUUGUCUUUUUAAUUACAAAGUUUUAUUUGAUUACGUUUGAUGCAUUCCAAAUGUUUAAACUUUACAUUGUGACAAACCUUGAUUAAAUAAACUAACGAAUUAAUUAAUUUGUCCAUUUCUCAAAUUCCACGUCAAUUUGGAGGAUUGCUUUGGUUUCCAGCGAAAAUUUGUUUCUUUAGUUUCAAGUGGGAAUUUAUUGCUGUUGAACCUGGAAAAGACGAUUGCACUUUAAAAUGUACGUUAUUGUGACAAAAAAUAAAAUUAUGUAAAUGUAAUUACUAAUUACAUUUCUGAAAUUAAAAUAAAUUUGUAAUAUUUUUCAAUUUUAAAUUAUAUUUCUCCCAUUCCAUGAGAUAUGUACACGUGGUAGACGGUUUUAUGCCUCGAUUUCUAUUCAGAUGAUUGCAAGCUCGCAAAUUAAAAUAAAAUUGUAGCCUAGUGUUUCGAAACUUCACUGAAACUACCAAAUAAACUCGGUUUUAUA